AUGGGGGUUUGCUAUAGAAUUAUGAACACGCAGGACAAUAUAACACUGGACUUUGACACUGCAUUUUUGUCUACAAUGUGGAAACUUCUUCCACUCCGCGUCUGGCAGUCGAACCAUCUUUUUUUAAAUCCGAAUCAUCAGAUCGCUAUUCGAAGCAGGAGCACCGCUAGCAAUUACAGGAUGCCGCUCGAACGCUCUACAGACCCGCUGGUUUGGAUAGACUGCGAGAUGACUGGUCUCAACCCCGAGACAGACACCAUCCUCCAGAUCUGCUGUUACAUAACCGACGCCAACCUCAACCUCCUCGACCCAGAAGGCUUCGAAACCAUCAUCCACCACGACCGCUCCGUCCUCGACUCCAUGUCGCCGUGGUGCGUCGACACCCACGGUCGCACGGGGCUCACUGCCGCAGUCCUCGCAUCCACGACCAAUUCCACUACCGCCGCCGAAUCCUUGCUCGCCUACAUCCAACGAUACGUGCCUCAUCCUCGCACGGCGCUGCUGGCGGGGAACAGCGUGCACGCUGACAAGAUGUUCCUCGCGAAGGAACCGUAUAAGGCUGUGCUGGAGUGGCUGCAUUAUCGGAUUCUCGAUGUGAGUGCGUUCAAGGAGGCGGCGAGGCGGUGGGGGGGUGAGACAUUGUUAAGGGAGGUGCCGCCCAAGAAGGAGGUGCAUCUGGCCAGGGAGGAUAUCUUGGAGAGUAUCGAGGAGAUGAGGUUCUAUAAGGAAAGGUUGUUUAGGGAGUACUCAUAG